AUGAUGAUCAACACUGUUGCUGCUGCAACCUCCUUCAUUCUUUUAAACCUUGCUCUCACCGUCAGUGCCGAUGCGGGACUCUCCAUUCCACCCCCAGUGACUGAGGGGGCCAAGAAUGCCACCAAUUCCAGCUCCGGCACCCCCCCUCCACCCGGGCCCCCGACCAACAACACGCCCCCGGCCAACGGCACCGAUCCCAAGAUCAUUUCCAUGGCCUGCACUCAAGCAUUCUUGUUGUUACCGGACGACAGCACUGGAGCUGACAAUUCUACUGCUGGCAACACCGCUAACAUCACCGAGGCGGGUUGUAAGGCAUUCGACACCCCCGAAGGAGCAUAUUGCCAAGCCGAAAGCUGCAGCGGGUUGCCCACAUGUUCUAGUUGCAACCUUUUGAUCCCCGACCCCAAAUCAAACGACACUAUCGUCUCAAACACCACUGUUCCCUCAGUGCAAUGCGCAAGCGACUACUUCUUCCCAGACCACAACGACACUAACCGUCAAUCACUCUGCACUGACGCCAAGGACCAGAGUUACAGCUGCACUGGUACCUGCACCGGAUUUGCUACUUGCCAAUUUUGUAUCAUGAUGAAUGACACUGCCCUCAACGACCCAGCAGCCGGUGCCCCACCUGCCGCUGCCAACAACGGCACUGGCAAGUAA